AUGUUGGCGAAGUCGUUCACUCUUUCCUUGGCCUGUGCCGGUUUCACCGCGGCACAGAGCGCUACGCUCACUUUCUCCGUCCCACCUGCUGCUGAGACACUUGCUAUCGAUGCCACACCUGCCAACCUCCCUCUUUUCGGUGUCGAGGCUGUACAGCUGACUGACGAUGUUGUCUCAUCGAUGCAAGAGAACCCUGAUCUCGCUGAGUAUGCUUCACUCUUCGAGUUUGAAGACAGCUCAAACUCCACACUAUCAGCGCGAACCCGCCGUGUGCGACGAUCACUCCGAUGCAAGACCAUGCCUGGCGAUCUUCUCUACCCAGGCAAGCUCACGUGGAGUGUUUUCGAUCUCUUGCUAGGCGGUGCGCUGGAGAAAAUCGUUCCUAUAGGCUCGUCCUGUUACAAGAAGUCUGAGUACAACAACUACGACGCCGCAAAGUGCGCGAACCUGGUCGAGAACUGGGAUCAGGAAGAGAUUUACUAUGUCGACAACGGUGCGCUGAUGAACCCUCUGUGGUAUGGAAUGACUUGCCCUAUUCCCACUUCAGGCGACUUCGCCAAUGGCACUUGUACCCAAGGAGGCUACUCAGAAUACGCUGUGAAAGUCAGCAACGUUGCACAGAUCCAAUUGGCUGUCAACUUUGCCCUCAAGGUCCACCGCAAGGUUCCCGUAACUCAGUCUUCCUGGACCAUCAUGACUUCCGAGACCGUUACUGUUGAAAAGUUCUGGGAGGCUUUUACAUUCUUCUUCGAGAACAUGCCCUUAUACAACCGAGCGAAGACUUACUCAUACUUCUCCCUCAUGAAGCUCGCACCAGGCACUUACAUGUGGUCUAUGGGUCCUUUCUUUGCCACGGACAAGACCGUCGAGGAGUACGAGGCUCUCAUCAAGCCCUUCUACGAAAAGUGCGCCUCGCUUGGUAUUGAGCUCAAUCCCAAGACAACCCACCACGACAGCUUCUACCCAGCCUACCAAGCAACAUUUGGUACCUUCAACUAUUAUAUUGGUGCCGCCACCGGUAUUGCGUCGAAUCGUUUGUUGACAUCCGACAACUGGGUGAACUCCGAGAUACGUAACCAAACAGUCGCCGCUAUUCAGCACGUUGUCGAGAACGCCGUCAUGAUUAACAUGUACCACCAGCGCCCUGUUGACCCGGUGCGGAAGGAUAUCAACUCCGUUAAUCCUGCUUUCCGUAACGAAGAGAGCCAGAUGGUCAUCAUCAACAGUGUCCUCGAAGAAUCCGCUGCGGGUGAACAUCGUGAAGCACUAGAAGGACGAAUACACCAGCUCGAAGCACAGCUAGCCAGACAUGUCAAUGCGCCCAUGCAUGGUAUGGAAUCCAUCGACCAAAACCUUAUGGCCAACACACCAACAUCAUUCGACUGGCAAGGGCCGCCUCCCCACCUCAACCUCGAUACUACGAUACCCGCAACAUUUACUGCCGAUGAUUUGGACCUUGGUGCUUUCUCUGCUAGAAGUGGGAGCAUGCCUUCCAUCGCUAUAGAUGAAUGUGAGCCUUUCCCCAACUUCUCCUCGCCGUCUUCACCAGUACCUUCAUUAUGGUUAGGUACCACACGUGCCUCGUCACCCGAUUCGAUGCCACCUGGAUCCGCGCUACCGCAAUUCGGAACGGCAUACCCAGCUAUGAGUAAACCCAUACCAUCGUCGAUCGAACCGCACACGGCGCCAUCAUGGGAGUUCAUGGCUCAAGCAAGCUCUAGUCAGUUACAACCGGGUACCAGCAGUCGAGGCCAUUCUCGAAAGACUUCAACCUCUUCUUUAUCUCAGGCUAGUAACGAGCAGGCCAUGUCGCCAAUCCCAGAAGUCGAAGAUGACAUACUUCCUCUGGCUCCGGCCCCGCGAUUACCUCGCCAAGGCAUAUUCGCCGCUCGCCAUACGGAGAGUCCUGGCCCGGCUUCUUCCCGAUCAAGUUUUACCGAUCGCAGUCGUGCUCUGGCAACCACUCCACUUCCUAGUCGCUUCGAAGCGGAGACUCUAACAACGGAGUUUGUCCAGCAUCUCGAAUCUCUGGACUAUAGAGCUUACUCCAUUACCCCUUCACUUUUCUCUCGGUUCUGCGAGUCUGUAUACCCCAAUUCGCAGCGACCUGCAGUCGAAAUCUCCGCAUCUAUGUCUAUGGCACGCUUCCACGUCUUCCUUGCAAUGGCCAUUGCGAUGAAAGUGAGAAUCAAGGAUGCGCCAGAAAACACAAACGCGCUCCUUGAUACCUGCUAUGAGCUUGCCAUGCAGCAAGCUUCUUCUUCGACAUUUUGGCAAGAGACGGGUGGGAUGGAAGCGGCGCAACUCCUGGCUCUCUUUGCUUCGCUCCGUAAGCCAGCAAGCGAGGAGCCGCGCGGUCUCCAGCAUUCCUUCUCCUGGUAA